UCAUGCUCCGGUUCUUGGGACAGAGCCUUCGGGCCCCGGUCCUCCUGCAGCGGUACCGGGGCUACAGCCAGGCAGUGGACCGGGAGGAUGACCCGAACUUCUUCAGCAUGGUGGAGGGCUUCUUCGACCGGGGCUCCGCCAUCGUGGAGGAGCAGCUGGUGGAGGAUCUGCGGACCCGGGAGAGUCUGGAGCAGCGGAGGAACCGGGUCCGCGGGAUCCUGCGCGUCAUCAAACCGUGUAACCACGUCCUGAGUGUCAGCUUCCCGAUCCGGAGGGACAGCGGGGAGUGGGAGGUGAUAGAGGGCUACCGGGCCCAGCACAGCCAGCACCGGACCCCCUGCAAGGGAGGGAUCCGUUACAGUCCAGAUGUUUCUGUGGACGAGGUGAAAGCUCUGGCUUCCCUGAUGACCUACAAAUGUGCCGUCGUUGAUGUUCCGUUCGGUGGAGCCAAAGCCGGCCUGAAGAUCAACCCAAGGAACUACUCUGACACGGAGCUGGAGAAGAUCACCCGCAGGUUCACCAUCGAGCUCGCCAAGAAAGGAUUCAUCGGACCCGGGAUCGAUGUUCCUGCUCCAGACAUGAGCACUGGAGAGAGAGAAAUGUCCUGGAUCGCCGACACUUACGCCACAACCAUGGGACACUACGACAUCAACGCUCACGCCUGUGUCACUGGGAAGCCGAUCAGUCAGGGAGGAAUCCACGGUCGUAUCUCAGCGACGGGUCGAGGAGUUUUUCACGGCAUUGAGAACUUUAUCAACGAGUCUUCGUACAUGAGUCAGCUGGGAAUGAGUCCCGGCUUCCAGGACAAGACCUUCGUCAUCCAGGGCUUCGGUAACGUCGGGCUUCACUCAAUGAGGUAUCUUCAUCGCUUCGGAGCAAAGUGUGUGGGAGUCGGAGAAGUAGACGGAAACAUCUGGAACGCUAAAGGCAUCGACCCCAAAGAGCUGGAGGACUACAAACUGGCCAACGGGACCAUCGUCGGAUUCCCGAACUCGACGCCAUACGAAGGAAACAUCUUAGAGGCCGACUGCGAUAUUCUGAUUCCUGCUGCCGGCGAGAAACAGCUGACCAAGAGCAACGCACACAAGAUCAAAGCCAAGAUCAUCGCAGAGGGAGCUAACGGUCCGACUACGCCCGAGGCCGACCGCAUCUUCCUGGAGAGGAACAUGCUGGUGAUCCCGGACAUGUAUCUGAACGCCGGCGGUGUAACCGUAUCGUACUUCGAGUGGUUGAAGAAUCUGAAUCACGUCAGUUACGGUCGACUCACCUUCAAAUACGAGAGGGACUCAAACUACCACCUGCUGAUGUCGGUUCAGGAGAGUUUGGAGAGGAAGUUCGGGAAACAUGGCGGCUCCAUUCCUGUCGUCCCCACGUCUGAGUUCCAGGCCCGAAUCUCUGGAGCUUCUGAGAAGGACAUCGUUCACUCUGGUCUGGCUUUCACUAUGGAGCGCUCUGCUAGGCAAAUCAUGAGGACGGCGAGCCGCUACGACCUCGGUCUGGAUCUGAGGACGGCCGCCUACGUCAACGCCAUCGAGAAGGUGUUCAGAGUCUACAGCGAGGCCGGCCUCAUCUUCACCUGAGACCUGUCUCACCCUCCGCUACCUGUCUCACCCUC